UACCAAUUGUUAAAAAUCCACGCGGACAGAUUGUAUAUUGUGAUUGUGAAAAUUAUUCAGCUUCAUCUUCAAAUGAAUACAAACACAUUAUGAUUGACGGUAAUAAUUACAGUAAAUCAACAAAUUCUGCAAUUAAAUUACCAUCCACAUCCGAAGAAUCUGAUUUUGGUCAUCGACGUAGUGUUUCUGUGAUACAUGAGUGGUGUAAAGGGCAAUGCUAGCUGGAGGUAAUAAAAAAUUCGACGACCACGUGACUAGGGCCGGAACAACAGCAGGAGCUUCAAAAACGACGCUUCAUGUCUGUACGAAGUUUACAUCGCCGGGUUUCCGGACCUGGUGGUAUGGCAUAUACCCACCAAUACAGCCACAGCCAGGACAGCGGUGGUGGGGGUGGCGGCGAAUCAAGAGGGGGCGUCGGUGGCGGAGGUGGUGGCGGUCGAGGCGGUACAAGGCGCGUGCCCAGCUUACGUCUCGCGAAUGGACGAGCAGCCGGUGUGACUGCAGCUCAGUCCGAAGAAGAAAUACGUACAACACCACGUCUAGCCAAGGAUGACUCGAUUAAAAUCAGUAUCGAGAAUACAAACACGUGUACCGAUUCUUUAGUAACCGCGCUUGAUGACGAGACUCUAUUAAUCGCCGAUUUUCUAUCAAACGAUAUGAAUUACAAAGGUAGUGGUAAAGUACAUUUUGGGGUGGAUGACAUAUCCUUAUAUGGCACCCCAAAAGAAGAGCCGGGCCCAACACCAUUGGGCUCGGCGGAAGCUGGCAAACAAAGUUUUAUUAAAAAUCAACUACAGGCCUUAUUUCAACCAACUGAUAAUAAAUUAGCAAUGAAAUUAUUUGGUUCGAAAAAGGCCUUAAUGAAAGAACGGAUACGACAAAAGGCGGCAGGUCAUUGGGUUAUACAUCCUUGUUCAAGUUUUAGAUUUUACUGGGAUUUAUGUAUGUUACUUUUACUCGUUGCGAAUUUAAUAAUCCUUCCCGUUGCCAUAUCAUUCUUCAAUGACGAUUUGAGUACAAGAUGGAUUGCCUUCAAUUGUCUUUCUGAUACUAUUUUUCUUAUCGAUAUUGUCGUCAAUUUUAGAACAGGCAUAAUGCAACAAGAUAAUGCAGAACAAGUAAUAUUGGAUCCAAAAUUAAUAGCACGACAUUAUUUACGAACAUGGUUCUUCUUAGAUUUGAUAUCUUCCAUACCAUUGGACUAUAUAUUCCUAAUCUUUAAUCAGGUAACUAAAAAUAAGGACUUCAGUGAAAGUUUUCAAAUUUUACAUGCUGGUCGAGCAUUACGAAUAUUGCGUUUAGCGAAAUUGUUAUCAUUGGUUCGUUUACUACGUUUAAGCAGAUUGGUGCGAUAUGUCAGCCAGUGGGAAGAAGUUUAUAUCUUGCAGAAUCUUCAAAAAAAGCGUACGGAGAGAAGGGGGCGCCUCAGCUCUGAAACCAACAAAAAGAAGUCAUACACCAAAAGCAAUCUGAUUUUUAAGUUCCUGAACAUGGCUAGUGUUUUUAUGAGAAUUUUCAAUUUAAUUUGUAUGAUGCUUCUAAUUGGACAUUGGUCUGGUUGUCUGCAGUUUUUGGUACCAAUGUUACAAGGUUUUCCAUCAAAUUCAUGGGUAGCCAUCAAUGAACUUCAGGAGGCAUUUUGGCUUGAACAAUAUUCAUGGGCAUUGUUUAAAGCGAUGUCACAUAUGUUAUGUAUUGGUUAUGGUAGAUUUCCACCACAGUCAUUAACUGAUAUGUGGCUUACAAUGCUGUCUAUGAUCUCUGGAGCGACAUGUUAUGCUUUGUUCCUUGGUCAUGCAACGAAUUUAAUUCAAAGUUUAGAUUCAUCUCGAAGACAAUAUAGAGAAAAGGUAAAACAAGUUGAAGAAUAUAUGGCAUAUAGAAAAUUACCAAGAGAAAUGCGACAAAGAAUCACAGAAUACUUUGAACAUCGAUAUCAAGGGAAAUUCUUUGAUGAGGAAUGUAUCCUUGGGGAAUUAUCAGAGAAACUACGAGAAGAUGUUAUCAACUAUAACUGUAGAUCGCUCGUUGCAUCCGUUCCAUUUUUUGCUAACGCUGAUUCAAACUUUGUGUCUGACGUAGUAACAAAAUUACGUUAUGAAGUUUUUCAACCAGGUGAUAUUAUAAUUAAAGAAGGUACAAUUGGUUCAAAAAUGUACUUCAUCCAAGAAGGUAUUGUUGAUAUUGUAAUGGCAAAUGGUGAAGUUGCGACAAGUUUAAGUGAUGGUUCAUAUUUUGGUGAAAUAUGUUUAUUAACAAAUGCCCGUCGUGUGGCAAGUGUACGUGCCGAAACCUAUUGUAAUUUAUUUUCAUUAUCAGUGGAUCAUUUUAAUGCUGUAUUGGAUCAAUAUCCAUUAAUGCGACGUACAAUGGAAAGUGUCGCAGCUGAACGUUUAAAUAAAAUAGGAAAAAAUCCAAAUUUAGUUGCACAUCGUGAAGAAGAUUUAGGUAGUGAAAGUAAAACAAUAAAUGCAGUUGUAAAUGCAUUAGCAGCCGAAGCAGAUCAUGUCAAUAUGUCUGAUGAAUCUGUUGCACAUUUAAAUUGCAGCAGUGAACGAAGUUUACACGAUUUAGGUCGAACAUUAACACGUAUGACUUUACCACGACCAAAAUCGGAGAAUAAUUUUGCAUCACAACAAGAGAUACCAUUAAAUCGUACAAAUGGUUCUGAUUCAAACGGUCGACCGAUGUUCCACAAGUCUGAUACAUUUCAUAAAGAAACGGUGUUUCAAUGACGACACUCGAUCUAUUAGUAAUUGUGCACAAAUUCAUUAAUUCGCUUGAUUGAUCGCCAUUUUAUU